AACAACGCAAAGGCUGCAGCAAAGGCUGCGAAGGAGGCUAAGAGAAAUGCAACAGAUGAGGCAACUCGUCGUCGCCGAACGCAGCUUGCAAUUGACAGGAAUAUCCGAUUUAGGACCAUCCCAAAGCGGAAGGCAGACGUUGAAGAUCUUGCCUAUCUCCUCCACCUCCCUCUCGACGGCACUGUGGCAACGCUGACUGCGGCUAUCAAGUCUCAUCUUCAAGAAACACCUCUAUUGAAGACAGAUUCACGAUUUGCUGGCCUUUACGGCCUUCCGGUUCCGCCUAUAUCGCUGCCAGAUCUCAACCUAGCAGCGACACCGACCCGCUCCAAUGCUGCCCCGGUUCCAGCUACCACCGAGGACGAUAACGGGGUAGGAGACUGCGCUGAAAGCGAUAGUACGGAAAAUACAGACGGGGAGGAGGAUGGCACGGAGGAUGAUGCCGAGGACGGCUGGGGCAUGGACAUCCUUGCGCUCGACAUGAACGUUCGAUUUCGGACCAUCCCAAAGCGGAAGGCAGACGUUGAAGAUCUUGCCUACCUCCUCCACCUCCCUCUCAAAGGUACUAUUGCCACACUGACUGCGGCUAUCAAGGCUCAUCUUCAAGAAACACCUCUAUUGAAGACGGAUCCACAAUUUGCUGGCCUUUACCACCUUCCGGUUCCGGCUAUAUCACUGCCAGAUUUCGACCUAGCAGCGACACCAACCCGCUUCGAUGCUGCUCCGGUUCUGGCUACCACCGAGGACGAUAACGGGGUAGGAGGCUGCACUGAAAGUGAUAGUAUGGAAAAUACAGAUAGAGAGGAGGAUAGCGCAGAGGAGGAUGACGAGGAUGGCUGGGGAAUGGAUGUCGACGACACCAUAGCUCCCGAUGACAAUAUAUCGAAAUCCUCGCAACUGUGUUCGCCUGCGCCCACCAACGUCACCCGGCUGGCUCCUCUCUCGCUCCCUCUUCACCCUGCCAACAUCAAUCGCCCUCCGACAGCGAUAUCAUCCACGCAUGCCCUCACUUCCGCGGGGUUCCAAUCUCUCGCGUCACAGUUCGCUGGCGCAACAUUCGCCAAGCCUAAGCACCAGGUUCAACCCACGACACGUUGGCAUGCCGCUGUACAACCCGCGUUGAACGACGAGAACGUACCACCCGCACCCCGUCACCAUAUGAUAACGGUCUUGUACCCUACUUCGGGCAGACAUAAUGACACCGAACCUCACUUGAAAACCUCCUACUAA